GCAGCAGCAGCAGCAGCAGCAGCAGCAGCAGCAGCUAUAUUUUCUAGAUGCAACUAGCCAUUUCAGUCAAGAAGCAUCAUCACGUCAUUUUGAAAAGCAGCAGCAGCAGCAGCAGCAACUCCAACAGCAACAAAUGGCUAACAACUCAGAAACCAUCAACAAUCAACCUAUUACUGCUGCAUCUAUUGACAUGGACACUGCUCAGGAAAUUUCUCAUGACCUGGCUUUAACUUCAUCAGCAGUUCCCUUACAACAACUGUCUUCCUUUUCAGACCCAGUCAAUUUGCCACACAUACAAAAGAAUGAUGACGAUAUUAUCUUGACGCAUGACCAGAAUAGCAAUAUAGAUUUAGAUGAGGAUAUUCUUAUGGCCGAGCGUAAUAAUCUAUCGCUUCUCGACAAUCUCAUUUUACCUAGAAAUGACCAGUGUACUGGAAUAUUGGGUUCUGAGAGUAUUUUCUGUGAGCGACAACGUGGCACAUUUGACAGUGUACAGAUGAUAAGAACAGCUACAACAACGUCUUCAUCAUCGUCGACUUUCUCUACGGUGUCUCAACAAUCUACAACUGAUGCCAUCAGUGAAAUGCCUAUCUGUUUGGAUCAACAGCAGUUCGCUUUUCAUCAACAACAAGAUCAAUUACAAAAUAAGUUCAGGCCAACCAUGUCAACUCCUUCUUUCCUUAAACAUAGUCAACAGCAACAAGGAGAAUCAGUUAUGAUUACGAUUACGCCACUUUCCAGUCUUAUUGAUACUUCAACUGGCAAUUUACUCUUAAAUCCCACUAGUACGAUUAUUAAUAACAACAACACUAAGCAUAUUACUACUACUGCAACUACUGCCGAUAGUAUGAAUAAUAUUUCAGCAUCGACAGUAACGCGUAUCAUUACCUGUUUUAAUGGAAGUGAGUGUGAUUGUCCUGGCUGUUUCGUUCAUCUCGAUAACAAUAACAUCUAUGCCUCCUCAGCCAUUACUAAUACUACUGUCGCAGAUCAGCAGUCCAGUUUCUAUUUGCAGCAACAGCAAUCUUUCGUUCAGCCCUAUCAUUAUCCACUAUCUUCGUCAACUACUUCUGCAUCAUCAAAUUACAGCAGUUCAGACGAAGACGAAAGACGUUAUGGCUAAUUCUACUCUUUCCUCUUAAGAACUAUAUCAUUUAUUCACAUUUUACUUAUAUUUUUACUGCCAACUAUGCUCUAAGCUCACGUCUUUAUGCAUUAAUUACUGUUGAAUCUUUUUUUUUUUUUUUUUU